GAAUUCCUGGUGAUCUCGGGGACACAGGCCAGGGAAAUGUGUAGGUUCCAUCUUCUACAAGCCAUAAAACCUCCUGAAAAGCAGAUGGAGCAGAAAAGCUCUGCCCUUGGUUCCAUAAUGAAGCUGUCCCAAAGUCAUGCAACAGAGACUACCUGGGUCCUUCCUUCGCAAGGCCUAAGGGAUUAUCUCCUCCAUCCAGCCUGCUUUCACCAUUUCAGGAAAGAAGGAAGACCAGACUGCAGGCCUGCCAACAUGAUCUAUGGCUUUGACAAGACUCAUCCUCGGAGAUGCUGCACUGACCUGCUGUUCCAGCCCCGCCUCCUGAUGCUGUCCAGAGUCUUGGGUCCAGAGCAGCUUCAGGAGCUGCUGCAGAUUCCAGAUGAUCUCACCUCACCCAGCCUUUCAUAUGGAUCCAAUCAGAACCUCAGUCAAGCUCUGAACUUUCCAAAACAUGUGCAUACUGGAUAACAGAUGCUAACGCUAGCUUUCUUAAGUCUAGCCAAUUUUUCUAAGUUUCCUAGCCCUGCCCACCCUUUAAAGAAUCACAUUGACCCUACUCAGCAGGAAGAAGCCGUGGAAAGUCAUCGUUCAGACCCCUUGGGUUUGGGCGUCUGAUUAUGGUGAUUUUACAAAUUAUGGAUAGAUUGUCAUUUUA